AUGUCAGGUAACCCUGGUCCUUCGUUUGUGAGAACAGACGAUUCAAAUUUUGAAGAAAAACUUUCAAGAAUUAUUGAUGAAGUGGGGAGCGACAUAUCCGAUUUUGACUUUUCUUAUGUGAAGGAUGGUGAUAUUAUACAUAGUGAACAUGAUUCGGAAUCCAGUGUGUCUGGCGAGAGUGAAAGUGACGAGGAAAGGUAUGAAGGAGAAUCAGAUAGUGAUGAAGAAGAGGAACGUGCUGGGAAAUACUUCUAUGGCAGAAAUAGGUCCAAGUGGUCGGCAGUACAACCAAACAGGCAUGUCAGAAUUCCAACUCAUAAUAUAUUGAAGAUACCAGCACUUCGACACAAAUUCAGAGGACAAUCACAGAUCGACCCACUGACUGCUUGGAGCUAUAUUUUCAGUGAUGAUAUGCUGAACGAAAUACUCACAGGGACAAAUGAGAAACUUGAAAAAAUUCAUGGAAAAUACACGAAUACGGAGAAAAUAGAAGUCAGACCUUGUACAAUGACUGAAAUGAAGAGUUACAUUGGCCUUCUUAUAUACACUGCAGUAUUCAAAUCGAAUAACGAAGACAUACGUUCUCUCUUUUGUACUGAUGGGACUGGCCGUGAUAUUUUCAGUAUCAAUAUGUCAUCAGCAAGAUUUUCUGUAAUUCUCAACUGCCUGAGAUUUGACAACCCUGAUGACAGGGAGUUACGUAAGGUUUCUGAUCCAGCAGCUGGUACAACAAACAUUCUACAUAAAUUCAACGAAAAUUCGCAGCGAUCCUAUAUUCUUGGGGCUCAUGCUACAGUUGAUGAAAUGAUAAUCGGUUUCAGAGGACGCUGUAAAUUCAAAACGUAUAUUCCAUCUGAACCGGCGAAGUGCGGCCAGAAGCUUCAGUGCUUCGCCAACUCCAGGACUAACUACAUCUUCAACACCUAUCUCUGCUGUGAAAAAGGUCCUGAUGGAGCAGGACUUUCCCCAGACGAGAAGGAAUACGCCGUUCCCACUCAGGCUGUCCUCAGAUUGUGCAAGCCAAUAGCACAUACUAACCAAAUCAUUACUGCUGAUAACUGGUGUGUGUCAAUAGAACUUGCAGGCGUGCUACGGAAAAAUGGUUUGAACACAGUGGGAACAAUGCGGAAGAACCGAAAGGAAAUUCCGGCAUCUUUUUGCCUUACCGUAGACGUGAAGUUGGAACAACGCUGUAUGGAUUUACCAAACACAUCACGCUGA